CAGGACGGGAAGUAGAUUGAGCUGGCCCAGAGCAGCUCGUGGGGAACGCUGCGGCAGGCUGGCAGAGUGAAGACUUGACUGGAGACCAUCUCUUGCCUAGCUGCAAGCCCCCCGGAAUGCACUGGGCAUGGCCUCUGGAGCCCCACAAAACAGCAGCCAGAUGGCCUGUGACAGAGAGAUCCCAGGCUUCCUCAACGCACUCCUCCAAGACUUCCCAGCCCCACUGAGCCUGGAGAGCCCUUUGCCAUGGAAGGUCCCAGGGACAGUCCUGAGCCAGGAAGAGGUGGAGGCGGAGCUGACCGAUCUGGCAAUGGGCUUCCUGGGCAGCAGGAACGCUCCCCCAACAUUUGCCGCGGCUGUGACCCACGAGGCAAUUUCCCAGCUGCUACAGACAGACCUUUCGGAAUUUAAGAGGUUGCCUGAACAAGAGGAGGAAGAUGAGGAGGAGGAAGAGAAAGCCCUUGUGAUCUUUCUAGAUGCCAAAGGCCUGGCACGGAGCUUCUUUAACUGGCUUUGGGAAGUAUGUAGCCGGUGGCAGAAGCAGGUGCCAUUGACUGCCCAGGCCCCUCAGCGGCAGUGGCUGGUCUCUAUCCAUGCCAUCCGGAACACACGACGCAAGAUGGAGGAUCGACAUGUGUCCCUUCCUGCUUUCAACCACCUCUUCGGCUUGUCUGACUCUGUGCACCGAGCCUACUUUGCUGUGUUUGAUGGUCAUGGAGGCGUGGACGCAGCAAGGUAUGCCUCUGUCCACGUGCACACCAAUGCUUCUCACCAGCUAGAGCUGCUCACAGACCCUGCAGCAGCUCUCAAAAAAGCCUUCCGGCGCACUGAUGAGAUGUUUCUCCGAAAAGCCAAGCGAGAGCGACUGCAGAGUGGUACCACAGGUGUGUGUGUGCUCAUCACAGGAGCAGCCCUGCAUGUUGCCUGGCUUGGAGACUCCCAGGUCAUCCUGGUACAGCAAGGACAGGUAGUGAAGCUGAUGGAGCCACACAAACCAGAGCGACAGGAUGAGAAAGCACGUAUUGAAGCACUGGGUGGCUUUGUUUCUCUUAUGGACUGCUGGAGAGUCAACGGAACCCUGGCAGUGUCUAGAGCCAUUGGGGAUGUCUUCCAGAAGCCCUAUGUGUCUGGCGAGGCAGAUGCAGCAUCCAGAGAGCUAACGGGCUCGGAAGACUACCUGUUGCUUGCCUGUGAUGGCUUCUUCGAUGUUGUCCCCCACCAUGAAGUCACGGGUCUCGUCCAUGGCCACUUGCUCAGGCAGAAGGGCAGUGGGAUGCACGUUGCUGAAGAGCUGGUGGCUGUAGCUCGUGACCGAGGCUCCCAUGACAACAUUACAGUCAUGGUGGUCUUCCUUAGGGACCCCCUGGAGCUGCUGGAGGGUGGAGUCCAGGGGACAGGGGAUGCCCAGGCAGAUGUAGGAAGCCAGGACUUGUCCACUGGUCUCUCAGAACUUGAGAUCAAUGCUUCACAGAGAAGCUAAGUGGUCCAGACCUCCAGGCCCCAUCCAGACUCUCCCUCUGCCCUUGUGAUCCGCCCCCCAUCAAAGACCUUAGAUCAAAGACCCAACAGGUAUAGUGGGCAGGGGUGCACACCUUCACAGCAUUCCCUUAGCACCCCAGCCCUUCACGUUGCCUGCCACAGCCUGUCCUCAUAGCUGCAGAACUGCAGUAGGCAAAAAGAAAGCAUAGGAAAAUGACCUCACAAAAGAGUAGAUAGCUGCGGUCAUCAGGGCAGGACAGGUCUGGGGACAUAAACCGUAGGCACCUGCUGAUAGCCUAACCAAAAACACAGGUCAGGUCUUGGGAGACCCUCACACAGAUCCUGGGGUGAGAUCUGCAGCCAGGUGUCCAGCCCAGGCUUGUAGCUUCUCACUGUACCCAAAGCUGGGAGGGUUUGGUCUGUGCUAACGCUUGCUGUCCUGCUUGACUGCUGGCUUCCCAAAGAGGAGACAUUGGUCUUCAUGGGAGGAGCACCAGGAGAGUGGCCCACUGCCAGUCCACUCUUAACUGAGUACUAAGGCCACUAGGGCUUUCUAGACCUCUGUCUUUCCCCCUGAACUUCCUGGGGAGAUGAAGUCAGACGUGUGUGUGUGUGUGUGUGUAUUUGUGUGCUUAGAUUUAUUGCAGGGAAAAGUCUAAUCCAGAAUCAGUAUUCAGGCUUUGUCACGUUGUAUCAGUGCCAAGGUGACCACAAGGUCAUGUAACUUAAGCAAAACUUAGCAUUUAUUUUAUUCCUGAAAACUUAAGUAUUUUACUUUUUUGUGUGUUUGUGGAGACAUUUGCAGUAUUACUGACUUUUUUUUUUCCUAAAUCAGGAUGGAAACAAAUUUUUCCAGGUUAUGUUAAUAAGCCACGUAAGUGCCUUAAGCAGCUUUGGUGUUGAUGAGGAUUGCUGAACGUGCCGUGGGUCCUGAUAGGCAGACAUGUUGAGGGUCUCAAAAAGGCAGCAUUUGUUGUGGAAAGCCAGCACUCUUUCUGGGAAGGUCCUUUUGUGCUUCUGGGUACCUCAGAACUUCCUUGAAGUGAUGGGCAGAGGCUGUGACUAUGGGCAUCUGGGGUGACACUGGCCUCCCUGUCCACCCUUAGAGUCUGGCUGGAUCCCAGCUGAGAAGACCUUACUGCUCUUGGUUAGAAGCUUGACACUGUCUUAGUGCGUUUGCAGUUACGUUGGUGAAGUCAUUGAGGACAGUGCUUAGGUGAGGAACUUUGGCAAGCCCAGAAGUCCACCAUCUUUCAUCUGUGACUGGUAUCCUUCCCUGCUAAACUCUGUCCUGACCUGAGCAACAUGAAAGACCACCACAUCCCUAGAGCAAUGAUGUCUAAAAUCAGGCUCGAAAACUAGGCCAGGGGUUGGGGGGACACCCAGAGUUGAAGGACUAAGGAGGCCCUCAACAAGGGACAAGUGUGAGUCAGGCUGCUGCAUGCAGACACUGGCAGGUCCAGAGGAUAAUAGGCAGCUUAGCAGAGGCUCAGGAAGGAACAGUAGGAAGGUUGCCUGUGAUAUCCCCAUGGAGGAGACAUAGUCCACCUAUAGAGUGAAAGCCCUAGCAAGACUUGCAGAGCUUUGCUCAGCGCACCUAAGCCCUCUUUCAAAAGAAGCAAGGGUGCUCAUACUUCUUCCCCUGAGGCGAAUCCACUGUCCAGCAGUAGGGGAGCAAGCCAGCCAAAUGCAGUUGGGCAUACCACCUGUAUGCUUGGCAUUCACCCAUUCCCACAGCAGGGAUGGAAGAGUUGGGGCCAGGUAGUUGAUUCCUUGGUCAAAUCUCCUGACAGGAACAUGGUCUCUCAGAUGGUUGCCCACCAUAAUAACUAGGUAUUGCUUAACUUGAAGGCCUGCUGCUUUCUGGGGGUCAGAAUCUAGGAUCCUCAGUACCAUCUCAACACAGGGUGUGGUUGUUGGUCCAGCCUGCCUGUAGCAGUGACCUUGAUAGAGGGAGAACUUUAGUUUUCUCCCAUUUUUGCUAACCUGUUCAUUGCUGGUAAGAGUGAAAUUUGGGCCUCCUUGGUGAUCUGGAUUCAUACUCACAUGUAAAGCUGUGCCACAUAUCAAGGCCUCAGUGUGAAGGGAAGCCCCUUUCCCAGGCUUGUCUGAGUGCCUCUCCCACCUCUCAGUCCAUUUGCACUGGUGAUAGCCAUGCCCCUGCCUGCCAGUGGUCAGAGACCAACAUCAGGCACUGCUCCAUCCUGAUCUAGUGACCAAGGGAGACCACAUUCUCCUACUGUUGACGGUUGACCUUGUGCUAGUUCCUAGGCACAGAAAAGGACUCUUCUGUCUUGACUGGAGCUGCCAGUACCAAGCCUACAAGACUUCUUGGCCACCUCCUCUUCAAGCCUUCAUCCCAAAAGAAUCCCCUAGCCAGUGAUUCCGCUUCUCAAGUCCCUGCUUUGCCACCAACACAUUGUGUGAGCAGAACCAGUCACUGUAUCUCUCAGGCCUCUGGUACGCUUUAGGGUAAGGUAUGGAGGGUAUGCAUAGCAUUAUCAGGAGCUGCCAGAGCAGGGAGCCCAUCCUCCGCCAGCAGCAGAGAGGGGUUAAGUAUUAUUAGUAUCUAUUCUUAAAAUUAAGUGGGCUAGAAAAGAGCUGAGUUACAGGCUUCAGUGUCUGUCAUGGAUACAAAAGCUGAAGCAGUCAGCCUGCCUUUGCAGGUGGAGCUGCCUCUCAGCUAAGGCCUGGAGGCGGAAGAGGUGGGAGAGCACAAGCAGGCUUAUGGGAGUGUUGAAGCAAGGUAUCUGCAGCAUAGCUUUGGGAGUCUCAGAACUCAUGGUGGGAGAGGCACCAGCACCUAGAGGUCUUAAAAGCCCUGCCAUUCACCAUGAUGUCUCCCCUUGCCCUCUUGGGUUCUGCAUGCAGUGCCCCCCUCUCCCAAUGCUAAGUUUCAGCAUGAGUGUCCUGGCUAUCUCAACUGUAUUCUCAGGGCCAGAAGGAUGGCUCUGGCCAUACUGUAUGGAAGCCAGGCCAAUUUGUAUGAAGCAAGCUGGGCUUUGGGUUUGAUUCCGCCUCUGUAGCUUCCAGGGACCAUCCUCUGGAGUCCUGUGCUUUCACUGGACUCUUCAGCUUUGCCAAACACACCAAGCUUUCCCAUUUACAUGCCAUGUGGGCCUUGCCAAGGGUUAUUUCAGGGGGCUUCCUGGGAGUCUUGUUCUAAGAUACCAUGUUUCUUUAGUCUCAGAGACAAGUCCCAAGAUGAUGAGCUCAUAGGACAGUCUUCCUAUACUGGGCCCCUAUACUGGUGUCAAUAAACCAUAUAUUCAAGAUU